AUGGGCACCCUCGUGAAGAAGGGUUUUCUGAAGCCCAUUCGCUAUAUUUCCCAAAUCUUUGACCAAAAGGAGGAAGAGAUGCAAAUCGGGUUUCCAACUGAUGUUAAGCAUGUGGCCCACAUUGGAAGCGAUGGGCCCAACAGUGGAGACGCAUCCUGGAUGAAAAAUUACCACUCUGCCCCAAUCAGCCUCACUGAGGCUCAAGGAAGAGGAGAUCCUGCCACAAACACAGCCGAUUCUCAAGGCUCCGAGGCUUUACAAGAUGGGACGAAAGAGUCUUCGAUCGACGACGACGACGAGGGUAAAGACUCCACCAAGCCGCGCCACUCGAGGCGACACAAAUCCGUUGAAACUCUGACGAUCGACGAUUCUGAGCCGACCAACAGCGGGGUGAAGAAAGGUAGGCGCGGACGCAAAAAGGAUCAGUCGAUUGAUCAGGAUAAGGAUGUUCCAGCAGUCCCCAAGCAAUCGAGGCGACGAUCGAAAGAUGAUGGAGGGUCGGUCAGGUCUUCUAAGUCUAAGGCCGUGCCACCGUCGAAGAAGGACACGACGGCGGACGGGGAGAAGAAGAAUGCGAAGAUGGAGGAGGCUAUCACGGAAUUAUAA